CAACAGGUUGUUGUAGUGACUUGCUCAUAGAAAUUUAGGUGGAGUUUUCUUUAGGGCCUUGGAUCACAAAGCUGCGCUCUCUCCUCUCUGCUUUUCUUUCUUUCUUUUUCUCUUUUCCAUUCACACACAUUUUAUUUACCCCCUGUUUUUUUCCCCCCCAGACUACCAAAGCCAUUGCAGGAAGACCUUUUUGCUUAGCAUUUAAAGUGACUGGAAAAAACCCAACAGCAAGAUGGUUCAGUAUGGUCUGGAUUAUACCCGCUGCAGAUGGAUCUUGCCUCUUCUGCUGGGCUUAGCAAUGAUCUUUGGCAUCAUUUCACUAGCUGGUUGGGGCUGGGUAACCUCACAAACUUUUCCGUUUGUGACUGAAGGCUCGUUAUGGAAGUUAUGCUCUUUGGAAGAUGAACGGCGAUGUACAUCUCUAAUGAAUUUUGCUUGGGGUAGAGGUGCAGCUGGUACCUUCUUAGUUGGAUUUGUACUCGUCUGCAUCUGCUUUGCCUUGUCCAUCAUCGCCUUUGCCAUCCCAACACUUCGCUUCAACUUCAUUAGAGGCAUAGGAGGCUUGUGUUUUGUUGCUGCCAUAUUCUCAUUAAUGGGCCUUGUCAUCUAUGCUGUAAUGAUUUCAACACGUGUGUCCUUCCCAGUAAAUACCCUGCAUGUGUUUGAUUGGAGCUACGGAUUUGGAUGGACCAUGUGUAUCAUGUCAAUAGGUCUUGGAUUCUUCUUUUGUUGUCUCCCCCUCUAUGAAGAUCAUAUUUUGGGAAACGUCAAACCUGAAUUUUAUUAAAAUCUCCUAUAAAGAGCAGCAGGGUCAUCAUAGGGAAUCCCUGACUGUUUGGGGUCUAAAGAAGCAUACAGGCAUACCUACCAGCUCAAGUCCAAUAUGCAAGAAUAUUAGAAUAUAUAGAGGUUUAGCAGCUCAAAAAAAAAAAAAAAGUAUGAACGAGAAUUGCUCUCAAUUCUUGUUAAUGUGGAUUUGUUAUUUUUUUAAAAAAACUUUUUUUUAUGAUUAGUUUUUACAGGGAAAUAAUAACUGAACUGCCUUAAUUAAACAUUCACCAAUUUACAGUGUUUAUUUAUAAUCAGUAUUGACUUCCUCCUGUGGCCUCCACUAUUCUGCAGGCUGCUCCCAACCUUUUGGGGGCACACUUUCAGGGGCAGGGGUUCAAAAGCCUGCAGAGGGUAAAAUGAAUUAAUGGCAACAGCUAUUCUGCUUCAUUCCUUAGUGUGAGAGAAAUCCUGCUAAAGCCUGUUUAUAUUCAAUCCACUAGAUAGAUACACUAUCUUUUUUUUUUUUUAAAAAAAGAACCUUCUUGAUUGCAUUAUUACUAAUAGUAUAAGCUUGUCUUCUCCAUCCUGUCAACUGCAGAUGUGUUGGGAUUGCAACUCUCAGAACUGGAUGUUUAAUUAUGGUGGCUGAAAAUUUUUGGAAUCUUGUUGUUGUUCUAAUGAAACAUCAGUAUUGAAGCACAUGCUUUGUUUGCAAAAAAAAAAUAAAUAAAUUCCAAAUUUAGGCUAUAACAUUUUAUUAACAAUAAUGGGAAAGUUGAAGCCAACAUGGAAAACUUUUAUAUACCUGAAAGCAUUAUUAGCCAGAACAGACUGCAUGAACUGCACAAAUUGUUUAGUUAGGAAGAGGUUGGGAAGAAAUUAUGUUCCCACCCUAACUGAGAAAACCAGGAACCAACCUAAUUUCUCCUAGUUUUAACAAAAAUAUUUUGCCUGCACAUUUUAAAGGCAACUCUAUGACAUUCUAAACUUGUUUACAAUAAACAGUAAUCUCUUAUUAGAUGUUCUCAGAUCUGCAAGCUGACCUUCAGAAGAGUUUGCUGAAGUUCCGGUUGUACUUUUGUAUUAGCAUAUCUUAGUUUUGCCUACUUGUUUUAAAGUGUAAAUACAUAGCCUUUUGUAAUGCAUGGAUGUAUAAUUGCCAAAAUAUGUUCCUUAUUUUUUUUUAGAGGGGCAAUUCUUUUGUAAUAUUUUGUUUAUGUUCAGAUGAUGAAAGCAACACAAUCUGUCAUAACACUGAAAAGACAAUGGUGCUUCAUAGGCAUAGAGAGGUCAGAAAAUGUACAUAUAUACAUUAUCUAUUAUACUAAGGGUCAUCUGGUACUGAUUUCUUUUGCCAUAUAUUCUGACCUCUUACAGCAAGUGUGAGCAACUAUGGCAACUGUAUGACUUGUGGACUUCAACUCCCAGAAUUCCUUAGCCAACUGGCUUAAAGUCCAGUUAAAGUCCACAGGUCAUAAAGUCGCCACAGUUACCCACCCCUGCCCUAUAGACUUGUUUCUUAAUUCAAACCUUAUUCCCAAGUAAAAAUACAUAAAGCUGUCAUCUUAGAUUGUAAACCGUAGGAAUUGUGUAGUUUCCAUGUUCUGCAUAAUGCUCAAGGUUUAAUUAAAAGUUAAAUCAAUAGUUACAGUGGCAAGUUGAACUCAAAAUCAUCUAUUGUGCUUUGGCAUAAUUUUCCAUGUUUCUUAGCUGCAUGCUCAAAAGGAUGUGAUAUUAUUAAAAUUAGUUAAUAAAACAUUUUUGCCUGUUG